CCCUCGUUGUUUAUUUUCCUUUUUCUUCAAAAACCACAUGCCACAGGGCACUCUUCCUUGUUAUGAAUGCCGCGUGCUGAAAUGGUACAUGUGGUCCAUGACAGCCCUCCAAGGAAGUUCCUUCUCCAGAUUCCGGGUUGAGAUGACCAAGAUAAUCUCGCUUGUCUACGUUGUGGACGACAUAUUUGACUUUGUUGGCACACUGGAGGAGCUCUCCCUCUUCACUGAAGCAGUCAAAAUGUGGGAUACUGUGGCUGCUGAUUCACUCCCUAGUUACAUGAGAUCAUGCUAUAAUGCUCUUUACACCAUUACAAAUGAGAUAGCGGAAAUGGCAGAAAAGAAGCAUGGAUUGAAUUCUAUUAAUCAUCUCAGAAAAGCGUGGGCAACGUUGUUUGAUGGAUUUAUGGUUGAGGCAAGAUGGCUAGCAAUUGAUCAGGUCCCUACUGCGGAGGACUACUUGAGAAAUGGUGUUGUCACAUCAGGAGUGCCUCUUACAUUUGUACACAUAUUCACCCUCAUGGGGUGUGAACAAAGUAUCGAAGCACUCAUUGACCAGAUGCCCUCUGUCAUCUCGUGCCCAGCCAAGAUCCUCCGACUUCAGGAUGACAUGGGCAGUGCUAAAGAUGAAGCUCAAGAAGGAUUUGACGGAUCCUAUAGGGAUUUCUACCUCAAGGAGAACCCUAGAUGCAACCGUAAUGAUGCGGAAGCACAUAUGCGUAGCUUGAUCGCAAGGGAGUGGGAGGAGCUCAAUAGGGAGUGUUUAUACACGAGGACCUUCUCCUCUAACUGCACACGUGUCUGCUUGAACACCGCGAGAAUGAUCGGUGUCAUGUACUCAUACAACAAGGAACAGAGGCUUCUUGUCCUUGAGGACUAUGCAAAGAUGUUGAUACUUUGAAGCAUUGCUACAAGAAAUCCAUGUGCUAUGCCUAAUUUAUGUCACUCCUUGUUAGUUGACACCAAUAAUGUAGAAAUCGGUGCGUGUAAAUUAGAUAUUUGGAUUAAAUAUUUAGGCAAAGAAGCAUGUAUAUCUAUUGAAUAUUGUUGAACAAUGUGUUGUUGAAAUAUGCAAUAGAAGUAAUAGUUUUGUAAGAGCCACUAGAAAUAUGAGGCAUUCCAAGGUUACCAUGGAAUUUAGCGGUACUGUGAGUUUAUGUAAAGAGGAAGGAGUAGGUGCGUAUAGACACUGAAGGA